UCUUCUAAGGUUGUGCUUAUUUUUCAUUCUCUCUUUGUGUCUCUGUACAGUAAAUGUUUUUAGAUUUAAAUAGAAAUACUGAACUUUCCAUAACAGUUUUGAGAUGUUCAGCAUUGGAGCUUUGUGACACAAAAUGUUUUUGAAUCAAUGUGCUUUUUUUAAUCAAAGAGAUCAAAAACUAAUUCUCUCUUAUUUCCCACUUAUUCCCAUGGUUAGCUAGGAUAAUCAUUGACUUUAGCAGGAGGGAAAUUAGGAUCUAAAUUUUUUUUAAUUUUAUCAAUAGUUAAAAUGUAUAGUUCUAAUGGUGUAAAAUCUAAAAUUUGGAAGUGUCACAAAUAUUGUAUAUCUGAUUCAGUGAAGUAAACAAACCUAUUGCAAGUUUCAAAAAACAACCAAAUCAGUCAAUCUUAAGUAAGGACUUUUUGUAAAUGGAAUUUUGAUUUGAGGGUUCAGGUGUUCUGUCUGUUUCUUUCUCUGUGGAUUUAAUGAUAAGGUCUUCUAAAAUGAUAUGAAUAACAAAAGUACAUUUUUAUAUACAGCUUAUGAGGGGGUGGGGUUCAGUUUUUGAUCCAACUCCUUAAAGUAUUUCUACAGAAUUUAAAAGGCAAAAAAGGAAUCUUUUGUCUAGAUUUUUUUGUAUCCUAAGCUAAUACUUUGCUGUUGGUACAGCUGAUUUACUUUUGAAAUAUUCUAUUUUUUAAUUAAUUUUUUUCUGUCUUUUCCUCCCUCCCUUCCUCUCUUUGUCUGUUCUACUCCUCCUUCUCCCCAUCUAAUUUUUCAUCACCAUACCUUGAAACACUUCAAAACUUGUAAACCUCUAUGUGCUGUCAUAUCACAGAACAACAAAAACAGCACCUCAUCUUGAUGGGUGGCCAUUUGCCAAGACAUGGGGUGCCAGCAAGCAGUGGAAAAUGCAUACUGUAUGGAGACAGUAAUAAUAAAAUGGAUCGUGCAUGUUGUUUUUGGGUUAAUUAUCUCUGGCUUUGAGGUGAUUAAGCAGAUUGAAAAUCUGAAGACCGAUGCUGCAAGCCGUCCUUAUGCAGAUGUUCGUGUGAUUGAUUGUGGCCAGUUAAUAACUAAGUCAGCAAAUGAUGUUUAUUGUGUUCUAGUUCUGGAACGUAAGCAGAAGAUUUCCCAUUCCUCAAAUACUUCAGACACCUCUUCUGAGUCUUCUUCACCUUCAUUGUCCUCUUCUGAGAGUGAUACAGAAGAAGAAAAGUUUAAGAGGAGAAAGAGAAAAAGGAGAACAAAGCACAAACAUUCUAAGAAAGUCAAGAAAGAAUUAAAGAAAAGGGAAAGUGUUAGUAAAAGAGCACUAUCUAGCCAAAGAAGAGAUUUUGUCAAGAAGAAUGUAGAUGAGGAGAGAAUAAAUGAAUUAAUUGUGAAGAGAGAAAAACCAGUUGUUCGACCAGAAGAAAUCCCUCCAGUGCCUGAAAAUAGGUUUCUUCUGAGAAGAGAUAUGCCUGUUCCUGCAGCCAAGUCAGAUCAGACAAAUCUAGAUGACUCAGCAGUGCAAAGUGAACAGAAGCCAACAGUUACAAAGUCUGGUCGCAAAGUGAAAGGCCGAGGUACAAUGAGAUAUCAUACACCUCCACGGUCAAGAUCUCAUUCUAAAUCUGAAGAUGAUGAAGAAAGCAGUGAGACACCUCCUCACUGGAAAGAAGAAAUGCAAAGAACUAAAACCUUUAAACCAGCCAUUAGUGAAAAGUGGAGUAAAGGAGACAAACUUAAUGAACACUUUUCAAGCAAAUGGGAUGACAGGAGUGCAGCAUGGUCAAGAUCUUGUUCACGAUCCUUGUCCCAUGAUUAUUACUCUGAUCACAGCAAUGAAAGAAAUGACCAACACAGUAAGCACAAAAAGGAAAAGAAGAGAGGAAAACAUAAAAAGAAAACCAAGAAGCCAAAACAUUCAAAGAGGCAAAAAGUAUCCAAAACAAGACAAAGAAGAGAUUCCUCAGUGCUUGAUGAGGGAUCAUCUUAUACUUCAAGCAAAAGAUCCAAGGUUUCAGGGGGAAAUCAUAGAAGAUCUCGAUCUUCCACCUUAUCAUCAAGACCUUUGUCCAGAAAAGACUGGUCAGGAUCUGACAAAAUUCGUAAUGCAUCCCUGUCUUCCAGAAGUUUUCAUUCUUACACAAGAUCAAAAAGCAGAUCAAGAUCAUAUUCUACCAGCAGAUCAAGGUCCAGGUCUAGGACUGCAUCGAGAUCGAAAAGUAAAUCCAGGUCUAGAUCAAGGUCUGUAUCAAGAACACGCAAGAGAAGGUCUUCUAAAUCACCAAGGUAUUCUCGAGCAAGUGAAAGCAGCAAAAGCAAAAUUGAUCCUCCAAAACAAAUACCACAGAAUAAUGAAAAGGUUGUGGCAACUGCUGUAACUGAGAGUGUUCCUGUGCUUCCGUUAAGUGACAGCCCACCACCUUCAAGGUGGAAACCUGGGCAAAAACCUUGGAAGCCUUCUUAUGUUCGCAUACAGGAAAUUAAGGCCAAACCAACUACAGAUACAUUUGUGCAAACAAGCUAUGCUAUAAGAAACAUAAAAGAGCACAGCAGUUCUUUGUAUCAUAAAUCUAGGUAUUCAGACAGUGAAAGAAGUGAUUACUCAAGGAACAGUGACAGAAGCUACAGAAGAAGGAGAUCUAGAAGCAGGUCUUCCAGAAGUAGGUCAUAUAGUAGAUCAUAUACCAGAUCAAAAAGUAGAAGUCGCAGCAGUUCUGCAUCCCUGUCUCCAUUUAAGUAUAAGAGUCACUCUUCAUGCUCCAGCAGAUCUAAUUCAUAUGAUUCAUACAAAGGAAACAAAACAAAUAAAUCAAAAUCCAGAGAAAGAAGCACCAGGAGUUGUACAGACACCAAAGAAAGUAGCCCUGAAGGUGACCAGUAUGAAGAAGACAAAAGUGUUAGAGAGCAAAAGAGUAAAUCUGCUGAAUCUUCCUCAGAGUAUUCUUCGGAUGGAGAACAUUGCACUGUAGAAGAAAAUACUCGACCUAGUGCUGAUUCGGAAAAACUAAAACAACAAGACUCAAAGUCCAAUAAAGGAAGUAUCAUAAUGGAUCAGCAAAAGGAAGGUGAACCAGAUGCAGAGUUACUUAUGGAUGAGCAAAAGUCCAAAUCUGGCUGGGACAGUGACAGUGAUGAUUCAAAAAAACCCACAAAUUUUACUGUUUUGUCUUCUGAAUUGCAACACAUGGAUUCAGGUAAAACUGAUGAAAAGGCUAGCAGCAGAAAAGAAUUUCCUAGCAGUAAAUGGGACUCUGAGAGUGGAACUGAUGCAGAGAAUAAAAAAGUGGCCCAAGAUGAAUCGAGAUGUUCAUCUGGUAAAGAGGAAGGGGAAGCCAGCUCAGACACUGACACUGAAGACCAUCACUCAGAGUAUAGCAAAGCAAGCAAGAAGUCAGGUGUGAUAACAACUGUAGACACAGAAGGUGAAGUUAAAAAAUCCCCAAAAUUGACAACUUCCACUGCUGCUGAUGGCUCAGGUUAUAGUUCAGGAAAUGAAAAAGUCAGACGUAAGAAAAAAUCAAAGCAUAAACACAAGCACAAAAAGCGUAGAUCAACAAAAUAUGAAUCUGAAAGAGGAAGGACAAAGUCUAAAAAUAACAAAACAAAGAAAAAAAUCCAGAGACCAAAAGAAACAUUCCAUUGGCAGCCUCCAUUGGAGUUUGGCGAAGAGGAGGAGGAAGAUGACACAAAGUGUAAAUAUGUGCCUAUAGCCACAAGGAAGAAAACAAAGGAAAGUAAAGCUGAAAAUUUGAGUGGUUUGUCAGAGAAAAAUAGUCUUAAUACUGAAGAAACCACCAAGACUUCAACAGAUUCUAGACUGUCGCAGUCUGUUCCUCAGAGUGCACAAAAGAUGGACUACGUAAAUAUAAAUGAACAGUUAUCAAAACAGGUCACUGCUAGUGGAAAAAACCCCAAAGAAGAAAGGAAUAAGACAGUGAAAUCUGUGGAGCACAACAUUAGGCAAGAAAAUAUGCCAAAGGCACCUGCAAAGAAUGAACCUUUUGAUGAUUGUAUGGAAUUAUGUACAUCUGAACAGAAUUCUCCUAGCAGUGAUGAUCUGCUGCAGUGUACUGAUGUAAAGAAUGAUGAACUGGUUAAAAAGAAAUCUGAAGAAAUGAUUAUAAACAAGGUAAAGUCUUUGCAAAAUACUGCACAGGUGAUGGAGUCCACAGAUACUAAUGCCAGUACACUUUCCAGUGUGCUUUUAAGUAAUGCCUCAGGAGAAACAACAGAUGGACAUUCCCAGAAUGAAAUGCAAAAUGUAUUUUCUGAUCCAAAAUGGAAGCCUCUAAAAGGGCUUUCUUUUGACCAGCUCGGCACAGUGAAUGCUGAAACGAAAAGCAUGGAUAGCGCAGGAGAUGCUGGGGAGAACAAGCCUCAGGGCCUCAGGAUAGAAAUUAAAAGCACAAGUAAAGUUCGGCCAGGAUCCCUCUUUGAUGAGGUUCGGAAAACUGCAAGAAUGAAUCAGAGGCAGAGAAACCAAGAUAGCUCAAGUGAGGAAAGAUCACCUUCCGGAGAAGAGAAAAGCAAAUCUCGAAGCCGAACAAGAUCUAGAAGUAAAUCUCGAUCUGCUUCAAGCCACAGAACGAGGUCAAGGACAGUGUCAGUUUCUUAUAGCCGGUCAAGAUCUAGGAGUUACAGCUAUUCCUAUAGGUCUCGAAGUUAUUCUCGAAGUCACAGCAGAAGAAGGUAUAGUAGAGAUCGUUCCAGAUCUCUGAGUAGCACUUACAGAAGUUACCGAAGCAGAAGCAGUAAGACUGGCAGUAAAAGUCGUUCCAGAAGCAGAUCGUAUGAAAGAUCAAGAAGAUCCAGGUCUUACACAUAUGACAGCUACUACAGCAGAAGUAGAAGUCAUAGCAGUAGAAGAAGCAGAGGCAGUUACCGAAAAUCUCGAAGUUAUGGCCGAAGGUCUAGAUCUUAUCGCUCUUACACCAGAAGUGAUCGAAGUUACUCCAAACGUCGCAGUUGCAGUGAAACCAGCCGAUAUAGUUGACAUGGCUAGACAGAAUCCUGGAUUCCUUGAUUAUUUUUGUUAAAAGGAAUACAUUAAAAUAAUGUAUAAUGGGUACACGAGCAUGGUAGCAUGUUGCAUUAUGUGUGUAAAAAGCUUUCUUUAGCUUAUGUUGAAUUAUUAUUAAUAUGGUAAAUAUACUGUUUUUUGUAAAUACAUUUGUAUGUUUUUUAUUUCAUUUUCUCUUAUGUGAAUUAUUUAAAAAUGAUGAAACCAUGAAUCUAUGUAGAACUGAUAACUGCCCAAAUAUUUUAUUCAAUUACUAAAUGUGAGGAAAUAGAUAUUUUAUGUUUCAAUACUGUCUCCAGAUUUUGUCUUCAUCUUAUGUGUGUGGUUGUGUAUAUAAAAUUUAUAUACAUGCACAUAAGUUGGUUUUGAAAAGAUGCCUUAAGCUUGAUCAAAGCAGAAAAAGUAAUGUUUUAUGCUAAACACAUUUUAAACACAUGUGGAAUAAAAAAUUUUUUAAAAGCUUGUGUUUAAAUGUGAUCAUUUUAUACUAUUUGGCUGUGUAUUUAAUUGCCUGUAUGGAAACAUUGCUAAACAAGUUACUAUGUGUAUAGGCAGUAGUGACAAACUUAAGCUGUCUGAAAGAAGUUUUUUUUUUUUUUUUUGUUUGUUUGAUCUCAGUGGACAAAAAAUGUUCUUUUUUCGCUUCACUAUUACAAGCAUCUGACAUGAAGGCAAUUUCACCAAAUCACAAACUAUGUCACAAUGUAUUUUGCAUUGGGGAGACUGUUCCUCAGACUUGCAUUUAGAUUUUGCAUAUUAUAUUCUCAAACAUUAACUAAUGUAAACUUCUUUACUUGGCAACUUAUGCUGAUAAAGUAUAAGGAUAGCCUUAUGCUGUACAAAGUGGUGCAAUCUUGAACUUUUGUAUAGUGUAUUUAGUGGUAAAAUGGCUCAGACAUUCGGUGUUUUCUGUAUAACCAAUUUAGACACUUCCACAAUUAAAGACUAAAAUAUCAAGAGCUGUUUUAACACGUUGACUGCCACAGCAAUCUCCCUACAAUGUUAAAAUCUAGGUGUUAUUUUAAUAUACUAAUUUAUGCAUCUUGUUAUUGAGCAAAACUAAAAAAUAUGUACUGUAUUUUCUCAAAAAAAAAUGUAGUUAGCUCAUAUUUGAUGCAUAAAACAGAAAAUUCUGUAGUAAUGACUUUAUAUGCACCAGUUACAUGAUAAUUUGACUGGGUUGAACAAUUUUGAUCUUGAACAAUUUGUGGCAAUCCAGUGUCACACUUGCCAUUUGAAUUUCAUAGUGAUGAGACGCCAAUCAUUGAUAAAUAUUCAGAUGAAUGCGGUUCUACAUAUGUAAAUUAUUUUUGUGAAAAAUAAAUAUUAUCCAAAAUAUGCUUAAAUAAAUGAA